GCUUUCCAGGAUAUGAAAACAAGCAGCUAAGCUUGAAUCGAAGUGAUGCUCAGCACAAUGAGACGUACAUGGACAAUCUCGAUUUCGUGAAUCCUACAAAGAUAUUUUGUUCACUGAAUCAUCAGCAAUAGGACGAUGAAAUUGGCGUCGAGCUUGUUGUUUCCGAAUCAAUGGCGUCUCUUAGCAUCACCACCGCAGCUUUAUCUACCAGCUUUCAUUUUCUCUACAGCCUCCUCCACUCCAAAGUCUCCCACUUUCUGGUCUCCAACCUUGCGUCAAUGUCGGAAUCUUCAGACAGCUGUUUCUCCAGUCGUCACUUCAAGCUACUUGCCCACUUCCUACAUCACUCAGAAGCAGAUUGAAACCCCUGCCUCCCCGGAAAAAGAAGGGCCACCAAUGCAGGAAAGUUUGGGAGCUUUUCAAAAACUCCCCAUGGUGAUGCCAUCUAUUGAUUUGUAUUCUUCUGCUCUCAGGAAGUCCAAAAGAGUCCAACCUACUAAAGGCAUUGCUAAUAUUGCAAAGCGAGAAAGGAAUAGAGGUGCUAAACAGCUUGAUGCACUCAUGAAAGAACUGGCUCUACCUUUAAAAGGAUAUAUGGAAAGUUUUCCACGGAGGAGACUCUUGCAUCCAUAUGAGCGGUCUCUUAUUGAGUUGACUCUUGGUGAUGGAAACUACGAGGAGGUGUUAGGAAAAGUUGAUGCUCUGAGGAAGAAGGUACAAUCUGUUGGAAAGGAACAUGCUUCCCUCUGUGCUAAGGCAUUGUCAAAGCGAGAAGCAGAGGACCGGUUGAGCGAAGGUGUGGAGAAGCUUGAACUGGUUUUCCAGCAACAAGGAAUAGCUGUUGAUGAAUUGUUAAGCAUAGCAAAGGUUUUGAGGGCUAUGCCAGUUGUUGAUUUGGAAAUGCCAACUCUUUGCCUUGUUGGAGCACCAAACGUUGGCAAGUCAUCUUUAGUGCGCAUUCUUUCAACAGGGAAGCCUGAGAUUUGCAAUUAUCCUUUCACCACCAGAGGAAUCCUCAUGGGUCACGUCAUUUUGAACUACCAACGAUUUCAGGUGACAGACACCCCUGGGCUUCUCAGGAGAUGUGAUGAGGAUAGGAAUAAUCUAGAGAAGCUAACUCUUGCUGUACUCACUCAUCUUCCAACCGCGGUUCUAUAUGUUCAUGAUUUAACUGGUGAAUGUGGGACUUCUCCUUCUGAUCAGUUUCGAAUUUAUAAAGAAAUAAAAGAAAGGUUUGAGGAUUACCUGUGGAUUGAUGUUGUGUCCAAAUGCGAUCUGCUGGGAGGCGGCUCUCCGGUGAUUUACGCCAAAGAAGAUAUAAGUAAUGAUGAAGCAGAAAUCAUUAGGUACAGGGAAACAGGACCUGAUGGAUCAAUUCAUGUCUCAGUGAAAACAGAACAAGGUCUCAGUGAGCUAAAGAGCAGAGUGAAGGAAGUACUGAGUACUGAGAUGGAGAAGAUCAAAAGUGAAGUGAGAGUUGAUCCAACUGUUCCUAGUUCUUAGAAUAUAGAGAGACUUUGCAUUUUACCAAAACCCAUUUUAAGCUUUUCUCACUAUUUCUUCUUUGUUUUUAUGUUUCUUUAAUAGGAUUGAUACGUUAAUGCAUUUUAUAUAUAUCAAAAGGUUAAAUAAUUGAUAACUCAUUUUCACUUCAAAUAACUGAAAACUUGUUUGUAAUUUAUAUAUAUUUCUAACUUAGAACUUGGCUAUUUAAGUAAGUUGAGUGGCUUGACCUAUAAAUAGUUUACGUUCAUGAGAGCAUUAUACACUAUUAGCCAGAUCAAAUAGCAAGAAGAGGUUUAAGGUAAAUGCUUUACUCUCUGUUUUUCCUCCCCUGCUGCCUCUCUCAAAGACUUGGUUCCCAAGCAACUUAGAGGUUUCUUUUUUUCUUGUAGAUUUCUAAAGAGGGAAUCUAUCUUUCACGGUUCGCUCUCUGCACACCAAGAUUCUCUCUUUCCCGUGUCACAAGUAAAAAAAAAAAAACAAGAACAAGAUGGAUGCUGUUCAUGAGUUGCAGAUGAAGAUCAAUGAUUACGAAAGGAAAAGAAUGCAUUACGAACGCAAGAUUAGUCGUCUUGAGGAUGAUCUUUUUCAGAGGAAUCAAGAGAUCAUACGUGCAAAGUUAACAAUAUUGCAGGCUCUGCCAGAACUAAAUACUCCAGAGAAGGGCCCGUUGGUUGACAUAGUAAGAGUCCCGGGCUACCUAAACCCAAAGAUGUUUGAAGCAGCGUGCCUCAAUAACCCAUCUGAUGGUCGUGAGAAGGAAACAAUGAGGAAGGAUAGAGCAAUACUUGAUGCCGAAACUCUGUGCAAUGAGUGGAGAAGCAAAACCAGUAAUGGAGUUUGGGAGCUUUACAUAGAAGGUCCGGAAGAGGGAGAAGAAGAAGACGACUGGGUACAAGUGGAGGCGCAGGAUCUGCUGGACCUCAAAGAGAAAUAUGGUGAUGAGCUUUACAAAGCUAUUAAGAUAGCAUGGACUGAGUCACAAGAAAGUACAAGAACAGGAGUGCACUUGAAGCCUUGGGAUUAUGACGCUGGGAGGGAGAACAUUAACAGAGCUACUUGUUCCACUUCGAGAGCAGAUCCAGUUCCUCGUUAUGAAAACCAGUGAAAAAGGGAACUAAAUAUAUGAAAAAAAAACUAUGGGAUAUACCAAUAAUAUGAGUCUCUUGCGUCAGUUUCCAAUUGAGAUUGGUUUAGGCUGAUUAACCUUACUGCAUGCGUGUUAAUAGGAAGUCUUAACAGCAAUCUUUCAUGUUUAGACCUUUUUUUCUUGAGGUUGUUAAGUAUAAUUCUUCGCAAUAGUUAUUAUUUUCGAUAA